AUGCCGCCUAAAGGACCAAAGGCAGCGCCAAAAGGCGCCCCCGCCCGCAAGGGCGGGCCUCCCGCCGCGAUGAUCGCAAAACUUAAGCAGCACAUGGAGAAGCAAAAGGAAGAAGAAGAACGGCUUCGCAGGGAACGGGAGGAAGAGGAAAAACGGUUGCGUGAAGAGGAACGACUUGCGGAAGAGCAACGGAGGUUUGAAGAGGAAGAGCGCGCCCGGGAACGUCAGCGGCGGAAGGAAGAGGAGCGCUUGGCUCGCAAAAUGGGAACCAAGGAGUCCCGCAAUGAUGUUCUGGAACGUAUGGCUGCCGCCGGUUUUAUCGUUCCUGAUGUGGAGAAAGUUCGGGAACAGCAGAAAAAGGAGCGGGAAGCCCCACGACCUAAGCAGCAAAAACAAAAGCCUACUCAGAAACAGGAGGAAGACGCAGCUGAUGAGAGGGCAGCCAAAGCCGGUCAUGAAUCAGACGAAGACAGUUUGGAUCUACCAGUGGAAGAUGACGGUGAGGUGACGGAGCCAACAGAGUCCGAUGCGGAGGUGGACGAGGAAGACUGGGAAGCCAUGAUGGAGCGUGACGAUCGGCGAGAGCAGCGUAAAAUUAAUAACGAGCGUAUCCGUAAGAGACGUGCUGAGAUGGUGGAAGAGCGACUGAAGGCGAAGGAAGCGCGGAAACGCGCGAAGGAAGAGGAAAGGCGAGCAAAGGAGCAUGUAUUGGAGAGCGUGACAAAACUCCGGUCGCCAAUUUGUUGUGUUCUUGGACACGUGGACACUGGUAAAACUAGUUUAUUGGAUCGUAUUCGAGCGACUAACGUUCAAGGCGGUGAGGCCGGUGGUAUUACGCAGCAGAUCGGUGCCACCUUUUUUCCACGGGAAUCAAUUGUUGAAGCCACAGCUGAUCUCAAUCAAAAGUACCAGCAUCAGCUGAACGUGCCUGGUCUUCUCGUUAUCGAUACACCCGGUCACGAGUCCUUCACAAAUCUUCGCAGUCGUGGAAGCAGUUUGUGCGACAUCGCUAUUCUCGUUGUGGAUAUAAUGCACGGGUUGGAACCACAGACGCGUGAGUCAAUCCGUCUGCUACGCGAGAAAAAGUGCCCCUUCAUCGUCGCAUUGAACAAAGUGGAUCGCCUCUACGACUGGGUUGCUCACAAGGACAUGGACAUUGAGCAAACGCUUUCCUUACAGAAGCCUAAUGUCCGUGAUGAGUUUAGCACACGGCUUGUUCAAGUAAAACAGGAAUUGCUUGCAGAGGGACUCAAUUCCGAACUGUACUAUCAUAACAAGGAGGUGCGAAAGGUGGUUUCAAUUGUGCCAACGUCGGCCAAGACAGGAGAAGGCAUUUGUGACCUAAUUCUGUUGGAAGUUCAACUGGUGCAACAGUUCAUGGAAGGGAAAGUUACAUACAAGGAUGACCUGCAAUGUACCAUUCUGGAGGUGAAGCCCACAACGGGGUAUGGUUUUACUAUCGAUGCCAUCCUCAUCAACGGCGAGCUUCACGAGGGCGACAAUAUUUGCCUCUGUGGGCAGAACGGGCCCGUGUUCACGCAGAUCCGUGCACUGCUCACACCACAACCCAUGAAGGAACUUCGAGUAAGAGGGGAAUACAUUCAUCACAAGACAAUGAAGGCAGCAAUGGGAAUUAAGAUUGCGGCCAACGAACUGGAGUAUGUUAUUCCUGGUUCGCAUCUUCUCGUCGUGCGGCCGGGAGACGAUAAAGAAGCCGUUGCAAAGGAGGUGAUGAAGGAUGCGAACAGCAUUACGGACCAGUUGAGUCCCGACGGUGUUGGGGUUACGGUGCAAAGCUCUACACUUGGUUCUCUGGAAGCCUUGUUGUCGUUUUUGAACAAAAUGAAGAUUCCUGUUGCAAGCGCCUCCAUUGGGCCACUGCAUAAGAGACAUAUGAUCAAUGUCCUCUCCAUGAAACGGAAGUCACCGCGUCACGCUGUUGUUCUUGCCUUCGAUGUUGAGAUAUCCGAUGACGCUCGAGACAUUGCCAAGAAGAACGACAUCGAUAUGUUUGAGGCCAAGAUCAUCUACCAUUUGUUUGAUAUGUUCACAAGGUAUAUAAACGAGUAUGAGAAGCGGGAAAAAGAUAAGGCACGCGCAAUUGCCGUCUUUCCUGUACAACUCACCAUUCUCGACGAUGCCAUCCAUAACACCGAUCCUAUUAUUCUCCCUGUGAAGGUGAAGUGUGGUCAGCUCCACCCGGGAACGCCACUCGCUUUUAUGCGGGGCGAUACGCCACAUCUCAUCGGGCGAGUGAUGUCAUUAGAGCGCGAUAAGAAGAGCAUCACUGUUGGCCGCGUGGGCUGCGAGUGUUCGGUUAAAAUAAACUCAGGGGAAAGUGGAAUGACGUUCGGGCGACAGUUUGAUAAAUCGGAUGAACUCUUCUCACUCAUUUCCCGUCCAUCUGUUAAUGCGAUUAAAUUGUUUAAGGAUGAAUUGACAGAGGAUGACAUUAAUCUUUUGGCGACGUUAAUAAAGGUACUGAAGGUGCCGCCUCGAUAG